CUUUAGCUAGUAUUGCACUGUGGUAGCAGCUGAUUGUUUGCACUGGUUCUGCUCUUCGUCUAACAACCAUGGCGUCUGCAGGCCUCCAGAUUUUUGGCAUCUUCCUGGCCUCCAUUGGCUUUCUGGGAGACAUCAUCAUCUGCGCCCUGCCCAUGUGGAAGGUCUCUGCUUUCAUCGGAAACAACAUUGUGACAGCGCAGAUCUUCUGGGAAGGCCUGUGGAUGAACUGUGUGAAGCAGAGCACUGGACAGAUGCAGUGUAAGGUCUAUGACUCAAUGCUGGCUCUACCUCGUGACCUGCAGGCGGCCCGGGCCCUGGUGGUCAUCUCCAUCUUGGUUGUUUUUAUGGGAAUCCUGUUUGCUGUCGCUGGGGGAAAGUGCACCAACUGCAUUGAAGACGAGCUGGCGAAGAGCAGGGUGGCCAUUGCUGCGGGGGUGCUGUUCAUCAUUGGUGGGAUUCUGUGUAUCAUCCCCGUGUCCUGGUCUGCUCACGCUGUCAUCAGGGACUUCUACAACCCUAUCGUGAGUGACGCACAGAGAAGGGAGCUCGGAGCGUCGUUGUUCAUUGGAUGGGGAUCUGCAGGACUCCUGCUCAUCGGGGGAGCUCUUCUCUGCUGCUCUUGCCAUGAACGUAAGGAUAGCAGAUACUCUGUGAAAUAUUCUGCCCCUCGUUCAGCAGCUAGUGGAGGAGCCUAUGUUUGAAUCCCAGCAUGCCUAACAUGCACUAACAAACUGAACUUAAGUCACAUUUUAAUGGUUCAAGUGUAUGUAUUUUACUGAUUAUUUUAAUAAAACCUUUUAUUCCUGA